UGGACAUCCUUACCUGUUCGCUCUACAGAUAAGAUUGCAGCAGCAACGAUAUAAAAACAAGAAACAACUGCGAAGUGGGUGGGAGGCGUUUCAUUGCCUGAAAAUUCGAAAUGGCUUCUCUCACAACCGCUCUCUCAUGGAGAUCUUCCGUGGGUCUUCCAAAUUUCGCUGCAAGCUUCGAAGAAACCGCCAAGUUCUCUCAUGGAAGAACCGCCCUGGUGGUUGUCGCCCAAAAGAAAGCCACCAAGUCGCGAAAGAUUAUUCUGAAGGAGGAUGUGCCGGAGCUGGGGAAGAAAGGGCAACUUAUUGACGUGAAGGCUGGGUAUUAUAGAAACUAUCUGUUUCCUAUGGGGAAGGCACAGAUUGUCACUCCAGUUUUGCUCAAGGAAAUGCGGAUUGAAGAGGAACGAAUCGAAGCUGAGAAAAAACGAGUAAUGGAGGAGGCUCAGCAACUGGCUCUGAUUUUCGAAACUGUUGGAGCUUUCAAGGUGAAGCGAAAAGGUGGAAAAGGAAAACAGAUAUUCGGAACAGUCACGGCACAGGAUCUUGUUGAUAUCAUCAAGGCACAACUUCAGAGGUACUUUAUCUAUUUACUUUUGUUGAUCGGAAAUGUAACCGCCCAAGCCUACCACUAACCGAUAUUGUUCUCU